AACGAAAAACCGCCGCUUCCAAAAAACAAAAUCAGUUUUGUGUUAAAAUACCGUAAAAUUCCUGCUUAACAGUGUUAUAUUUGUUACUAAUAGUUUAAAAAGUUGUUUUUCUAUAAUGUUCUAACAUCUAACAAAUCGGUUGAUAAAAGCUCGUUUACACAAUGUCGACAGCGGCCAAAAUCGAUGCCCUGCGGAAGGGUUUCGGUAAGGAAUCGACGGCUGCGGCUGCAAUGGCGGAAACGAAGGCUUUCGUUGACGGUAUUACCAAACAAGCGGACCAGGCGAAAAUGGCAGUCUACUUGUUCCAGGAACUGUUGCGUUGUUACGAUGAACUGAUCGAUGGCAGUUGGCAACAGGCCGAGGCCCUCUGCGAAGCCUUGCGCUUUCUGGUCGACGUAUGUCGAGAGGCGGAAGAUAGCAUUAAAUGUCACUUCCUGUUACGAACGUAUAACCAGUUAGUUAAUUUUCUGGGGAAAGAGACCAAACAGCACCUCUUGGUACGGUGCGCUCAGCUUAUGCUGCACUGUCCUCAGAUGGAUGAACACCUGGACCUGUACCAACGAGUCGGCCUUAUAGUGCUAAAAAUAAUCUACUGUUUUCACGGGCGAAAACCAAAAAUCGAAGCUAAAUCCGACGAAGGCGUACAAUUGGAUCGUUCUAUCAAUAUUGGAUUAGAAUAUGUAACUGCUGCCAGAUUGAUGCUGGUGUCCAAAUGGGCCUGUUCUAAAGAUGACAUAGUACGUGCCAAAGCAAUCGCUAUUUAUAAUGAAGUCUUCGAUAAUUCAAUGGCAUUGCUGUACCGUUUAUUUGCUAUGGAUCAAAGACGAGCUACCGAGUUUUAUUACAAGUUUGUGCAAAUCUUUUCGGAAAAUGGAGACUGUUUCUCUGAGAAGGAGAUGACUGAUUUGUUACGUGGAAGCAUUCCAUAUCUAGAGACUAUCCUUAGUUUUGGGGACGCGUGCAAACCUUACUUAGAGUUUGUUGGGAUGUUAGAUGCAAUCCAAUUGAGACUUGAACCCGCACGCAGUUACCUGAAGAUAUUGAAGAAAUAUUUAGAAUUUCUAAGAAAUUCAAAGACUGCAAAGGAAGCAUUGAUCUGGAUUGUCGACAAAUUGAAAGAUCUAAGUUCCAGUUCGGAGCUACUUUUGAUAGAUAUAAUCGUUUUCAUGACAACACAACUUCAGAUUCAUUUAAGCCACAUCAAGGAGCAGGCAUUAUCAGUGGCAGUUCCAGUAAUAGACCUAUGCAAGUUGCUGAUAAAGUUUAGCAAACAUUGUCCACGCAAUGUGACUACACUGUGCGCAAAAUGUCCAAGCUCUAGUCGCCAUUUGGUGGAUUACAUAUCUAGUAUGGUUAUCAGUAUGGCAAUGAUGAUGCAUAAAUCUGGAAAAACAAUCUCUCCAGAGAUGGUGUCGUUGGUGAAUGGAUUUUUGAAACACAAGCUAUUAACUCUGGCUGAUUUGAACUGCGAGAAGCAACGCAGUCUAUUGGAUUCAGGUCUGCGGUUUGUAGUGAACUGGAUUCGUGUAUGCAUCUCGAUCGUUCCAGGACCGGAUUUCCUCGAGUUGACAAAGUUAGUCAUCGAUUUUAAAUAUCGGUACAAUUUUGAUUACUUGACACCGUCGCAUUUGAUCCGUUUGGUAGAAAACAUCUAUCGUGAUUCUGGACCUUGCCGGGAAAUAAUUGAUGCCAAACUUACACGCUUACUUAUUUUAGUGAGGGAUGAGAAAUUCGAUAAAGAACAAGCAAAAGAGUUGGAUGAAAUAACUUUCGCUAUAACCAAUUUCCAAACUAGUGGGAAUCAAGAAAACUUGAAAGAACUGAAUAUAGUUGAACUAUUAGAACGUCAAGAUAUUGUUAAGUUUGGUUUCCCUUUUGAUUAUAAGCUAAGCACAGAAGAGAAAAUAGCUGUAUUACUUUCCGAAAUGAACUGGAUCUCGAGAUACAAGCCAGCUAAAACCAUGCAAUAUUUCAACCUGUUGAAUGAACUGAAUACGCAUCCGCUUAAACUGGGAAUGACGCUUUACCUCCUCCAAGAUGGUUCUAUAACGCAGAUGUCCGAAAGCAUCUUAGAAAACUUGAAAGUUAAACUACAGAAAGCACAUGCCACUAAGCCUGCCGAACAAAUAUGUCGACAUGGUUCUCUAGGUAUAUUGAAUUAUUACGCUUUUGGCACAACUUCGAAAACAAUAGUAAACAAGCUAAAAAACGCUCAGUUGAACAAAAAUACUUUUAAGGAUAACCAAAUCAAUGGCGUUCUCAAAGAAAACAACAUGGACCAAGAAAUGCUUUUGCUUGAUCAGCUUGAGCAAACUUACAUCAACUACCGGCAAUUGGUAACAACAAUGGCUGACCACGAUUUUCAACAUUUCUCGUUGAUAUUUUCGCUAAAUCAAAUUUCUUCAAUCCUCGACAAUACCUGCCGCUUUUAUCAAAUAUGCUACCAUCCGCGACGAGCCGUAGAAAUGCAAAUAAUGAACUAUCUUCUGGUCAAUCAAAAACCAGACCGUGCUCUUGAUUUGUGCACUUCCUUGGGAUACAUCCUCGAGAAUCAUCAAGUGUACAAACUUCUAAUCAACGACCCAGUCUACCAAAAACCUUGGACACCUCAAUUGCACACGUUAGCUGAAAAAGCUUCCGAUAUCAUAAAAACCUACGAGCAAGAUUUCUCCAAAGUGCCAGAAUCACGAAAAUUCGCCUUCCUCAAUCUGUACCUUGCAAUGGCCCAAUACGAAUCUUCAUACUCUGGUCUCGCAACGGCGACAAAGUACCUCCAAACGCUUGCCAAUCUCAUAAACCAACUGAAGCCGGCCUGUUCCCCCAUUAUUCGUGGUAAAAUCUACCACACUCUGUUCCGACUGGUCGCAAACAACAAUCUUCAACUGGCACCCCAAUUUUCAACCCGGCACUUCAUCCGGCUGAUGCUGACCCACUUCAACGAACUGCAGAAACAAUCUACGGACGCUUCGUUCGUUGUGUCCACCUGUACGCUGGAAAUGACCGUCGAUACCCUUCGGUAUCUGAUUGUUGAUCAUGACGCCGACCGGAUGGAAGCCUACGUGGAACAGAUAUUACGGUUUGCUCUAAGACGCGGCGCGGGGCUGCGCUCGAUGCAAAUUAUGCUGCUGUACGCGGUUUUGAGUGCAGACGGCGAAAAGGAAGAUAAAUGUCGAAUGCUCCUCACUUACCUUGACCAGCUGUUGAUGUUCAGACCAAUAGCUUCCGAUGACUACAAGCCGGAAGAUGAUAAGGCCAGUGCAGAUCCCAAGCAGAUCGUGCUCUCCGAUGAUUACGAAGGCCCUUUCUUUGGACCAUUAGCUGACGAUGAAGACUCCAACUUUGGGGUCGACCAAACGCGAAAAGCUGCCAAGCAACUUCACUCUCCAACAAAACGAAGCCUUUCGCCGAAUCUGUUUCCGGAGAACGUAAUAGAUGGUCGCCAUUAUUUGAUACAGCAUCACCCCGGAUGUAGUUGCCAGUUUUGUAAGUACCCUCAGUACAAAUUCAAGGCCCUUUUCACGGCUACGGUUUAUGCGAGGGUUGCUUUCUUGAAGGGCGAUUCCGCCCAGUGUCGAAGACUGUACGAAGCUAUUUCCGAAGAGUGGAGUUAUUUUAGGGCUGCCCUGGAUAACGAUAAUCUCAGUGGUUACAGGGAUGAAUUUUUGUUGUUUAUGGCGCGAGUUUUCAUGCAGUACAGUCAGUUUCUGGCCGGAGAAAAUCAGCUCCAGCAAGCGACAAAAGAGCUAGCUAAAAGUGAGAGUAUCGUUAAAAGCGUUCCAUACGAUUUCGGGCUGCUUAAAGAGAUUCAAUUAAGUAUGGCAACGUUGAGAGAUGUACAAAAUAAAGGAAAAGCGACAACUAGUGGUUCAAAAUUCCCUAGUUUUGCGGAAUUCUGCAAACAAGAACGUUUGGACGUAUCUCCGAUUGUGGAAUUCAAUAAGAUGAAUUUGAAAACACCAAAAGUGGGACCCAAUCGACUCAUGCCCCGUACCGCUAGCAAAGCUGAUGAUUUGCAAAAACUGAUAGUUCGCAAACGGCUGAAAAAUACUCUUUCUCAGGCAACAAACCAAGAUACAGAACUGAUAUCAGCUAUGUCAGGAUUGUCGUGUAAAUCGGAACGAAAGCCAAAGACGGUCAACAUAUUUGUUGAUUCUCCUGUAAAAGAGUUGGAUAAAAAGCAAAAACUGUUCGCACAAGAAGUUUCAUCCGAGGAACACCUUUCCCCUAAAAAACGUGGUAGGAAAAAGAAAACCGAAACCGAAACACCAGCAGCUGCUCCAAAGUCCACCCGCAAAAAACGUAUUCCUUUAAGUCCAAGUUCUUCGAAUGAAUCUUUCAAGGAUGCACUUGUCAAAGGACUAAACUUCAGCACACCCAAAGUUCAAAGCUAUUCCAACCGAAUCACGACACGUAGUACCUGCAAAAAGCCAAAGCUGGGCUCUGCGUUCCCCAAAUUAAAACGUUUACAAAAACAAUCUCCAGAACCAGUACAGAAUCACUCUUUCAACAGUUCAUUCCGUGAUGUAUUGCUUAAGUCGCUAACUGAAUCCAACUCAAAGCAACUAAAACCAACUAACAACACUAGUGUCAUUGUACUGGACGAUUCAGACGACGUGAUAAACACCAGUAUAACAGAACACCUGUCCAUCAACGAAAGCAGUUCGGGAGUGCUGUCGUUGAAGAAAUACUCGGACCGAAAGGCCGUCAAUACGUACGGUAGCGCGCGGAAGCAGCCCACGCUAGCCAUCACCAAAACUCGGCUGAAGUUCGAUGAUCUAGCGGUAGUUGACAUAACGACACCUACCGGUUCACCGAUGGUCAUCGUAACACCUGCCAGCAGCAGGCAUCAAAAAGAACCGAACAACAACACCAACAGUAAAGGUUCUCCGGAAGUAGUGAAACGUGCCAGAGGAAGGCCGCCCAAAGCGGCCAAGGUGGUGUGCAGCACAAGUCCACCCGUUGGGACAACCGUAAGGAAAAAGGUACGAGGACGUAAGGAACAUAGUUGAAUACUGGUACAUUUCCACAAGGUAUUUCUGUUUUGAGUAGUUUUAUUAUUUUUUUCUAUAGUGCGUUUCGGAAAAAAUUACUUUAAAUAUUUUUUAACU